AUGGAUCUUCCAGGGCUGGUGCAUGAAACAACGGUGGAGGAAGAGGAUCCUGACCAGGAAGAGCUGACGGAUGUUCGUCCGUUUGAUACAGUAGGAUACCAGGGAGGCGAUGGGCCGGCGAUCGAAGAAGAGCAGUUUGACGUGAAUGAUGGACAGGAGAGCUCGACUCUUGUUUCUGGUUUCGUGGACGAAACAGGUAGCGCAGGCCUCGAUGCUCGAGAGCUUGCUGGGCAAGAUGACAGGACAACAGCACAGGCUCUCUCGUAUCAGCUAGCCAUACAGGAGUUGGACGUGGAGGGGGAGGACGAGCUAGCUGCAUCGGAGUCCUUUGCGCGGGCGCCAUCGUUAAAGCAUGGCGCCCCGAGCAUAGUGGAAGAGAUGAAGGUUGAAGAGGAGGAGCUUGAGGAUGAGGACGGAGAGGAGUAUCAGAAACAAAUUGCUGCUCCUGCUGCUGUGAAUGACAGAUCAGAGGCUCAUCGUGACUCUGCAAGAGAUGAACAACCCCGCCAUGAUGAGGGAUCGAGUUCGUCGACGAGGGGGGAAAUUGUAAGGGAGUCUGUCCGUUCUGGUGAAGAAGAGGGAGCGAGGGGCCCUCCUGUCCAGUCGAGUGCAACUUUGAUGCUUGGGGAAGAGGAUGGGCAUCAGCAGACUCUCGAGCAACCGCCUCCUCCCCAGCAGCCGGACCGCUCCAUGCCCAAGCAAGAAUUUCCAUCGGUCCACAUCACCGUGUCUCCAGCUCCUGUCGUGCUGGGCGUGCCAGGGAUGAUAGAGACCGAUGCCGACAGGGAAGAAGCGGAGAAGCAGAAGCAGCGUGUAGAGGAAGCGCAGCUUUCAUCCCGAGACUCAGAGGGAGCAGGAGCAGGAGGAGGGAUGUACCAGGAUCUUCGACCUCCGUCAGAGCCCGGUUUCCCUCUCGACAGCCGGGUGGAAUCAAAGGAACAGGAAGCUACGCAGACAACGAUGAGGUCAGAGACAGAGAAGAACCCGAGGCCUUUCUCAGCUGGAACGGCCAGAGUUAAGAUGCCGAGGAUACAGCAGAAGAGACCUUCGUCGGCAGGGUCGAGACAACUCGAGGAGGAGGAGGAGGAGGAGGGAGAUUUUCGCGGCACAGGCUCGCUGCUCUUUGAGAAGGAGAGCAUGCAAGCUCUGCGAUCUGCUGCCGUGCAGGAGUCGGUCGAGAUCGAGGAGGAGAGGAGAGAGACGGCCGGGGAAGCAGUUGCGGAGGAUGACGAGGACGUGAUUCGGUUCGAGCGAGGUCUGAAAGAGCACAUGGAGAAGAAGAAGAAGAAGAUGCGAGGGGGGUACACGGAGGUCGAGACCGCAGAGCGGAAAGACGACUGGGAGUGGCAGCUCCUUAACGUGGCGGGAGGCGAUCUCGACCGACUCGUGAAGGGGAGGCAGGAGGAGGACGAGGAGGACGAGGCAGAGACGUACCGCGUGCGGCAGAGGAGCAGGAUGUACAGGAUACAAGAGCUGAAGCAAAGGAUGCAAGGGACGGGGAUCAGGGACUACGUGGAAGACCUUACGGAAGACGAAAUGAACGAGUGUGCAGUGACCAUUGCGAGCGUCAGCGUGUCCGAGCUGGAGAAGCAACAUCAGGCCGUGAAAAAAGCUGAGGAGGCGACGAGACGGGAGGAACGAAGACUGCACAAGAGGAGACAGGACUUGCUCGAGAAGAUCAGAAUGGAAGCUCAUGCUGACAUCGAAGCCAAGAAUAGAGAGAUCCAGGAGAGGAAGCGAAGGCUGGAGGAGGAGCGGCUGCUCAAGGAGAAGUAUCGCUCUCGCAACGUGAGGAAGGCGCUGCGGCUGGCGCAAGAUCAUUUCAUCAGCGCGCUGAAGCAGAGGGGGGCGACAGUGAAGCGGCAGAUGGGGGUGAUCGAGGUGGACAGGGGGAGGAGACCUCACGUUCUUCCUCAAGCAAUCCAGUGGCGCCUGUCCGCUGCCCUUCGAUACGCUCCUCAUCCUCUUAAGAUCCGAGUGGACACGCUGCGAGCGCUGCGAGAUAAGAUCAACAGAGGGAACUACGGUGAGGUCGAAGACGUGGAGAUAAGCGAGGGCUGA